AUGUGCGACAAUAUAAAGGGAAAUCCAUUCGCUGGAUUGUUUUCGUCAGUUAACGAUGCUGUCUCAUUCUCCUCGCAACAUCAAACGAACGACGAUGAAAGUAGCAACGCUAAUUACGUGGAACAAUCGUCAAACGUAAUUAAGGACGAGUCUUACAAUGAGAUUGGUCCUACAAUAGAGUCAAAUACUUCAGAUGUCAAAGACAAAAUCGAUCAGCUGAUGGCAGAUGUGUUUGGCUUGGCACUGCACUCAGACAGCAACAAUAUUGUUCAGAGAGCUCUGAUUUUCAUCGACACCGAUUCGAUCGAACACGCUGUUUUUGAACGUUUGAUGCUGCCAAAUCCUGCAACCAAGAUGACAUACAAUCAAUAUAGCAAAUCUCCAUCUGAUAAUCAUACCACUCAAGCUCAAGUUAUAUCUUACCUUUAUGAAAGCUACUGUCGUUUAAAGCAAUAUCACGCAAAAAAUGGUCUGGAAGAUAUCAUAAAAGAUGCUUGUCAAAUUGUCUUAAGAAAUGCCAAUACAGCUUUGCAGGAACCAGAUUUAUUUCAGAAUCAAGAGGUUCACAAUCAAUUUGUUUCUUUAUUCAUGGAUGAUGUAUCAAAGACAGAAUUGUCCUCAUUCAUCAGUGGGAUAAUAGAAGAAUUAAUAGCAGCAAAUGAAGAGAGCAACAUAGAUGACGUGGUUGCAGUAUCAUUUUCACCAGUUCUUGAUAUCAUUCAUAAAGAUGCAGCUGAGAGUAAUCUAUUCACCUUUCGCCAUCAGUGGUUUGCUUUGCUCCAUACGUUUUCCACUAUUGAACCACUAGCCAAAUUGAUAAUUUGUCAUAGCACACCAAAAAAUAACCAAGGUCGCGCAUAUUCAGACACGCUAUUAGGUGCUCUCUUCAACAUAAGUUGUUUGCCGAAGACAACACAAGCUCCAUAUGAUCUCUUCGACAAACCCUUAGAGCAAUCACACACUGCCAUGGAAGGUAGCAUAUGGAUAGCUAUGACUACUAUGGGUGAAUAUAUGCACAAGGUUUUCCAUUCCUUGUUGAAAUGUUCGACAGAGUCUCGACAUUUGACUCUGCAAUGGCUAGGUAACUGCCUGCAUGCAAAUACAAAUAGGGGAAAGCUUUGGAACUCUCAUACCGGAAUGGGACUUGGCGCGAUACUGUGCGUUUCCGAUGGUUUUAUGCUGAAUAUGGGUAAUGUCUUGUUACGUCUUUGCCAACCAUUCUGUGUUAAAUUGAGCGACGAUAAAGUGCCGAAGAUCGAUCCUACAUACUGCAGUGCCGAGGCAAAAGAUGAAGCUGAGGCUCUGCAACGUGGUAUACAUAUGAAAGGACUGAGCUCGGAAACGUGUUUGAUACCAACUUCAGAGGGCGAGAGUCGACCAGUAGCAGAUUCGUUUGGAUUCAUAACCGAAUGCUUCUUCUUGACACAUCGUGCGUUGGAUCUUGGUUACAGACUUAUACUCGAUAAGUUUUCAAAGACGAAUCAAGAUUUAGCUAAUAUACAAAGAACUUACAACGACAUUCGGACCGGUGGCAGCUCCGAAUUGCUUGAACUUAUAACGCAACGAAUGGAAAGUGAAAUGACGAAAUACUUAUCGCUUAAAGCGAGUCUUCUAAUACCAGAAAUGUUGCAACACUUGGCGAAAUUUCACGCGAUGACAGCUUUUUGGUUGAUACAAGUAAAUCUGAAUAACGUGAACAAUGAGGGAGACGAGGAAAAUUUCGCGCCAAAACAAUGCAAAUCUGUUACAUUCCCACUAUCAGAGGUUGUUCCAAUUACACUAAGGUGCAUUCCUGAGUUCAUAGUAGAAAACACUAUCGAGUUCUUAUAUUUCCUACGUCGCCUAAGUCCAAACACAUUCGAGGAACAAGGCCCGAGAUUCCUGAAUCCGAUCCUGACUGAGCUUAUAGUUUUGAUGGAGUGUCAGAACCGUUUGUACAAUCCUCAUCUGCGUGCGCGCUUAGCCGAAGGUUUGGAAGCACUCUUGCCUAUAACAGACGAGACUUUGGAUUCAACAACGCCGAACUUAGGAACAUUCCACAGGGAGCAACUGUUCGUGACUCACCCGCACAGGCAGCAAAUAGUGGCCAAUUUGCUGCACGUAUUCGUGAGUAUUGAGAUGACGGGGCAAAGCGUGCAGUUCGAGCAAAAGUUCAAUUACCGUCGUCCGAUGUACGUCGUUAUGAAUUAUCUGUGGAAAAUUCCUGAGCACCGUAAUAAUUUCAUUGCUUUAGCUCAAGAGGCAGAGGGCAACAUGGAAGCAGUCCAACCACCGUUAUUUCUACGUUUCAUCAAUCUAUUAAUGAACGACGCUGUAUUCCUUUUGGACGAAGCUUUAUCGAAUAUGACACAGUUAAGACAGAUGCUUCAAGCUAGGGAAAGCGGUGAAUGGAAUAAGCUGCCACAAAAUGAGCGCAAUCAACAAGCUGGUUAUCUUGAACACAUUGGUAUGAUCGCUCGCUUCGACAACAUUUUGGGCAGGAAGACCAUACAGACGAUAAAAAUGUUGACUAAUGAAAUCAAAUCCAUCUUUUGUCAUCCGACCAUGGUGGAUCGUAUCGCUUCUAUGCUCAAUUAUUUACUGCUGCAAUUAGUAGGGCCGAAUAAAAAGAAUUUGAAGGUGAACGAUCAAAAGGAAUAUGCAUUCAACCCUGCGAACUUAGUGCUAAACAUAUGCGAGAUUUACAUUAAUUUAAGUAAAAGUGAGAGCUUUACACUAGCCGUGUCGCAAGAUGGACGUUCCUACAGUUCAGAACUUUUCAAACUCGCGGAUAAUGUGCUUGUUCGUAUUGGUGGUGUGGGUAUCUUGGGAGAUUUGGAUCAAUUUGCGAAGAGCGUGGAAAGAGCCGCGAGUCAGAAACGAGAAGAGGAUGAAAUUCUGACAGGUAUUCCGGACGAAUUCCUCGACCCGAUUAUGUCAACCGUCAUGACAGAUCCUGUGAUCCUACCGUCGUCUCGAAUAACUAUCGAUCGACAUACUAUAGCAAGGCAUUUGCUGAGCGAUCAAACUGAUCCUUUCAAUCGAUCGCCACUUACUAUGGACAUGGUGAAGCCGGAUGUAGAACUUCAACAAAAGAUACAGGAAUGGAUCUCGCAGAAAAAACAAGAAAAAAUACAAAAUACUGUUUCAUAAUUUAUCGUCAAUCAUUAUAUUAUAAUGGUACGAUAUCGAAACUCAAAUACACAGUCUUCAGAAUUGACAGAUUAUAUGAUGUAUCAGAAACGAUAAAGCUGCAUUACUGAGUAGAAAAUUUGGACUUGAGAUUAGUAUUUUAAUUUACACGAAAAGCGAUACAUAGAAAUGGUUCGUAUUAUAUAUAGUAUAAUACAUAAUACGAUGAUACAUCGUUGUUUACAUCGAGCUUCAUCGAGAUCUUAUUGCUCGAUAUUCAACUUGUCCAUAACGAUAGAUAGUAAUUUUGUAUAAAAAAACUAUACAAGUAUAAACUAUAUAAUAGAAUUAUAUAUAUAUAUAUAUAUAUAUAUAUAUAUAUAUAUA